AUGCCGCCGGGGCCGGGCUUGUGGGGCUACGGCCUGCAGCUGCCCGUAAGUCUCUGGGCUGAGACGGCGGAGGCAGGACGCUGUUCCCCCCCCCUCCCUAGCGGCGCAGAAUCGGUUACAAAAGAAGCUGAUGAUGACAGUGACGAUGAUGAUGAAGAUGAUGACGACGACGAUGAUGAAGAUUCUGAAGUAAAAGAAGAAAAUGGGGUAUUAGUCUUGAAUGAUGCAAACUUUGACACCUUUACUGCAGACAAGGACACUGUGCUGCUGGAGUUCUACGCACCAUGGUGCGGGCAUUGCAAGCAGUUUGCUCCUGAAUAUGAAAAGAUAGCCAAAACUCUGAAGGAAAAUGACCCUCCUAUUCCAGUUGCCAAAGUAGAUGCUACUGCAGCUACUUCAUUAGCAAGCCGUUUUGAUGUCAGUGGCUACCCAACCAUCAAAAUCCUGAAAAAAGGCCAACCUGUUGACUAUGACGGUUCUCGGACAGAAGAUGCAAUUGUGGCCAAAGUCAAGGAGGUUGCUGACCCCAACUGGACCCCUCCACCAGAAGCUACUCUGGUAUUGACCCAGGAUAAUUUUGAUGAUGUUGUGAAUGGUGCUGACAUAAUCCUGGUGGAGUUCUAUGCUCCAUGGUGUGGACACUGCAAAAGGCUUGCACCAGAAUAUGAGAAGGCUGCUCAGGAGCUCAGCAAGCGCACACCUCCGAUUCUCCUGGCUAAAGUCGAUGCCACUGCUGAAACUGAGCUUGCGAAGAAGUUUGAUGUUACUGGCUACCCAACUCUGAAAAUCUUCCGCAAGGGCAAACCUUAUGACUACAGUGGUCCACGGGAAAAAUAUGGUAUUGUCGACUACAUGAUUGAACAGGCUGGUCCUCCAUCCAAACAGAUUCAGGCUACCAAGCAGGUACAGGAAUUUCUGAGGGAUGGGGAUGAUGUCAUCAUCAUUGGUGUCUUUAACGCAGAGAAUGACAAAGCUUAUCAGCUUUAUCAGGAAGCAGCUAAUGGUUUAAGGGAAGAUUACAAGUUCCACCACACCUUCAGCAACGAGAUUGCAAAACUACUGAAAGCAUCUCCAGGAAAACUGGUUGUCAUGCAGCCAGAGAAAUUUCAGUCAAAGCAUGAACCCAAGAUUCAUGUUUUGAAUCUUAAAGACUCUACAGAUGGAUCAGAGAUUAAAGAGCACGUGCUAAAACAUGCUUUGCCUCUAGUUGGCCAUCGCAAGCCUUCCAAUGAUGCUAAAAGAUAUGCUAAGCGUCCUCUAGUGGUCGUCUAUUACUCUGUAGACUUCAGUUUCGACUAUCGUGUUGCUACCCAGUACUGGAGAGGUAAAGUCCUGGAAGUGGCCAAAGACUUCCCUGAAUACUUGUUUGCUGUUUCUGAUGAGGAAGAUUACUCUUCUGAAAUAAAAGAUUUGGGCCUGCUUGAGAGUGGAGAGGACAUCAAUGUUGCCAUUCUGGAUGAAGGUGGCAAGAAAUAUGCCAUGGAGCCGGAAGAGUUCGACUCUGAUGUACUCAGGCAGUUUGUUGUAUCAUUCAAAAAAGGAAAACUGAAGCCUAUUGUGAAGUCCCAGCCAGUGCCAAAAAAUAACAAAGGGCCUGUGAAAGUGGUAGUGGGUAAAACUUUUGAUACCAUGGUAAUGGAUCCAAAGAAUGAUGUGCUUAUAGAGUUCUAUGCCCCGUGGUGCGGACACUGCAAGAAGCUAGAACCGGUGUAUACUGAGCUAGGCAAAAAAUACAAGAAUGAGAAAAAUCUAAUCAUAGCCAAGAUGGAUGCUACUGCCAACGAUGUGACAAGUGACCACUACAAAGUGGAAGGAUUCCCCACUAUCUACUUUGCUCCAAGGGACAAGAAGAACAACCCUAUUAAAUUUGAAGGCGGAGACAGAGAUUUAGAACAUUUGAGCAAAUUUAUAGAGGAGCAUGCAACAAAACUCUCCAGAACAAAAGAAGAGCUUUAGAUAAGAUGAGGGUGGUGAAGAGUAAUUGUACAUUGUAGUUAAAAAGCAAGUUACUGACAAAACUUCGUGAGAGAAGAAUUAAGCAGUUUGAGCAAGGAAAUUCUUGAGCAGUAAAACAAUUGCAGUAUCUUUUUUUAUAUGGCAGAAAUUUUUUUCUGGACACUGAACUUCUCAGAUCUGAAUGUCCUACAUUAGUUAUGGUAUUGAUCUUUGGAGAAAAAUACAUCCUUUAUUUUUUGUGACUAUCUUAAGCUUGAUUAUUUGACUCCAGUGCAGCUGUUUAUAAGUUAAAAGAUAUUACCAAAAAGAGAGAACCAGAUCACUCUG